AUGCAAAGUAGUUUAAAUUCAUAUAAACUUAUUAGCCUAAAUAAUUAUUCUAACUUUAACAAAAAAAAAAAUAAAUUUUUUGGGUAAUGUGCAGAUAGAUACAUAAAAUACAUUAUUCCUGGUAUUCAUCAAAAAUAAACAAACAAAUAAAUAAAUAAUAGAGGAUUGUUUUAAUAAGAUUUAGUUGAUUGGUUGGGUAAAAUAUUAAAGGAAGUAGAUUUGAUUGCUGGCUAAUUGAAGAGUGAUAAGAAGGGAGAGAAAUUUAUGAGAAUUAAGUACAGAUUAAAAAAAGUUGGAAGCUAAAGAAAUGAAGGGAGAGGAAGGAAGAAUCUUUAAGCCAAAGAAGAAGGAUUAAAAAUAAGGGAAAGAAAAAUAAUUGAAAGACAGAAAACACAGUGA